AUGGCAGAACAGAUCAGUCACAAGAAGUCUCUCAGAGUCAGCAGCCUGAACAAAGAUAGAAGACUGCUCUUAAGAGAAUUCUAUAACUUAAAGAAUGAACCAAACAAGGGUGAAGAAGAUGCACAAAUAGAAGGAACAGCCAAUAAGUCUCACUCUGACGAGGGACAAGUUGCGGCUGGAAACUUAAAUGCUGAAGGAAACAGGGAAAAACAGGCGAAGAAGGACGAAUUGAAAGUAGCUGAAGAGGACCCCAAGGAGGAGUCAGAAGAUACCAAUGAAGAGAUAGGAAACCUGCCUUUUAAAAGGCUAGUACAGAUUCAUAACAAGCUAUUGGGAAAGGAAACUGAGACAAACAAUUCUAUAAAAAAUACUAUUUACGAAAAUUAUUACGACCUAAUAAAAGUCAACGAUCUUCUCAAAGAGAUUACAAACGCUAAUGAAGACAAAGUUGGUAAGCUGAAGCAAACCGUGGAAUCUUUAAUCAAGGAACUGUGA